AUGGACGCGGUGCUCUCCGCGGUGCGCGAGAUGACCAACGCGGGUAUCGAACCCACGGAGUCCACGUACGUCGCGGUGAUGUUAGCCGCUCGGAACAACCCGUCCGUGGGUCCCGGCCGGGCCAUCGACGUGUACGACGCGGCGGUGGCCAACGGAUUUGCGUUUUCAUCGCGAACGUUCGACUUGGCGAUGGAAUGCGCCGUCCGUUCCAAGCGAGUCGCCGACGCUCUCAAGAUAAAGGAGGACAUGGAGCGCGCCGGCUUAACCACCACGCCUCGCACGUACGCCGUGUUGCUCAACCUCCUCGUCAACACCGACGUGGGCAAGCGACGGGGUCCGAAGCCCCGGCUGAUUCGCACGUGCAAGCUCUUCGAGGAGAUGCUCGCGAAUAACGUCGCGCCGCCGCCGGCGGCGUUCAACUCGCUCAUCGUCGCCGCCAAACGCGCGAAGCAACCCGACUUGGUCGCCAGGAGCUUCCAGGAGAUGGUCAACGCGGGCGUGAGACCGAGCCGGGAGACGUACGAGACGACGCUCGCGGCGGUGAGCGCGGGGGGCAUGGCGGACGUCGCGCUCGAGGUUUUCGGUCGAAUGCGGCGGGACGGGUUUAAACCGCGAAAGUCCACGUACAACUCGCUGCUCGAGGCGUGCGCGUCCGCUCCGCAGCCCAGGGCGGAGCAGGCGUUCGAGAUAUACCACGCCAUGGUGGCCGACGGCGCGAUCGCGCCCAACAAGAGGACGUUCGUCCUGCUCAUAGACGCGGCGACGCGAGCGGGGAAACCGGAGCUCGCCUUCGACGCCUUCGACGCGAUGAAGAAAUGUGUGACGGCCGUAACGGCCGUAACGGACGUGACGGACGUGACGGACGCGGACGACGUCGUCGGCCUCGACGUGUACAACAGGCUCAUCCACGCGUGCGCCGCCAGGGGCUUCGACGGCCUGCGCCGGGCGCUCGAGCUCUUCGAGGAGGUCAAGACGUCGCGCUCGCUCGAGCCCGACGAGUACACGUACGGCUCCGUCCUCGGAGCCUGCGCCGCCGCGGGGGACGCCGCCACCGCGGACGCGCUCGUCGCCGAGAUGUCAACGAGAGGCGUGGGGCACAACAGGGUCACCAGGCACGCGUACAUCACCGCGCUGGGGAGGGCGGGUCGGUGGGAAGACGCUUUGGAUCAAUUCGCGACGCUUCAAUCCGUCCGGGGAGGGUCCGGGGACGAACGCCGCGGAAAGUCCUUUCAGUCGUCGCUCUCUCCCGACGGCCUUCGAGACACGCAAGGGGCGUCGAGGGAGUCGUUCUCGCUGAUGUUCGACGCGUUACUCGGGGGCGCGGGGGCCGAGGCGGCCAUCGCGUCGUGCGCGCUUGAACCCGGCGGCGGCGACGCGUUCAUGCGGUCCGAGCGAGCCGCCGCCGCGCGGGCGGUUUUCCGCGAGGGCGUGGAGCGCGGGGUGUACGAGGAUCCCAUCUUGGGUCUGGACACGUCUCUGGACGUGUCCGUUGACCUCGUCGCCGACUUUUUGGAAGAGGGGGAGGAUGGCGGACGGAGCGCGCCGCCCGGAGAAAAGACCAGGGCGUCCGCGCAGCCCCUGCGCGUGUCCUUCAUGAGCAUGACCCGAUCCGAGUCCAUCGUGGCGACGAUGGUCCUCCUCGAGUCCUUCGCGGCGCCGUCCGCCGGCGCUCUCCCGUCCGGUCUGUUCAUCGGCGCGGGUCCCGGCACGAGGGGUAACGCGCAGCGUCGCAUGCUCGCGGUGGAGUCCGUGCUGCGCGCGGCGUCGCUGAGGUGCGAGACGAUUGAAGAUCCCCGAACGUACGUCAUCGGGGUGUCGAACGCCGACUUGGCGGAGUGGGUGAAGAGGCACGUCGGCGCGUUCGACGAGAACAGGGCGCGGAUCGACGCGAGGGUCAACGCGUGAGUGGUGGCGGUGAGGUGGAGGAGAGAGAUUUUUGCGACGAGGGCGUUCCGUUGGGAUCCGUUCGUCGAGGACGCGAGCUGAAUGUACGCCGCACCCGUCAAGAAGAGGGUUUAGGGUUUAGGGUUGAUUGAUCUGAUAGCGCAAUCUGAGAUUUUUUUCUUAUC